UAUAAAGCAGUUCACUUUGCAGUUUUCCCCAGUUUCUUUUAACCUGCUUUUACAGUUUUACAAUCGUUUUACAGUCGUUUUUGGAAGUGUACUCACUAGGUUAUUAGAAAAUUACACAGUUUAUCAUUUAUGUUCGUGUUAAAAGUAUACAGUUUGAUUUGUCGUUCGUUUACAUGGAUCAAUAGAGAUGCCAAAUCGUAAGAAACCGUUUAGUGUGAAACAGAAGAAACAGCAGAUUUCACAAAAGCGGGAAAGGAAACGAAACCGAAGCGGCGAUCUGCAGUCUACGAGCGACGAAGGUGAUGUGGACGAUGCCAUAAUCCUGACUGGGGACUUUCAAGAAGAAAAUCCGCCGGGAUUGAACGUUCGCGUCGCCAAAGUUAAUCAGCAACCUGGAUCUCAGCAGCUUCAUCCGAAAGCGAAGAAUGAAUACGAUCCAAACCGUUACCGACUGCAUUUCUAUCGCGAGUCAAAGGUGCAGUUGAAAAAAGAUGUAGAUUUCGAGUUUUGUCAAUCUUUGCUCAUUGUAAUACGCUUCUUAGGAAGAACUGAAAUUGCGGAAGGAAAAGCUUCGCUGCCAGUGGAAGCGGUUCCCGAGGAGAAGCUGGAGAUGAGCUUGGAGGAUAUUUACCGACCUGGUUCGGAGUUGGACAUGCCUCGACGCCCGCCGUGGGAUUACACCAUGACGAAGGAGCAGCUGGAUGCGAAUGAGCAGAAAUACUUUCGGAGUUAUGUUGAGAAGAUAUUUGCUGCUCAUCAUGAUUCCGUGGAUUUGUCGUACUUCGAACUGAAUCUGGAAACUUGGCGCCAGUUGUGGCGUGUGAUGGAGAUGAGCGACGUGUUCCUAGUCAUUGUGGAUCUUCGUUUCCCAGUUCUACACUUUCCUCCGACGUUGUAUAAAUAUUUAAUGGAAGAACUGAAAAAGCCGAUCAUCCUUAUUCUCAAUAAAAUUGAUCUGGUGCCUCCGCCGCUAGCCGUAGCCUGGCGGCAGUAUUUCUCUUCGACGUAUCCUUCCUUGAAAGUGGUUCUGUUCGGUUCCAGUCCCCGUACAGCUGCGGAUCUGGAAAGGAUGUUCAAAAAAAAGAAGCCAACUAAACGCAGCAAAUACCAGAUCUGCUACGGUGUACGCGAGAUAUUCGACUACUGUUCUGAAGUAGCCAAAGGGGAAGUGGACAUGACGCUGUGGAAACAGCGACUGGAUGCUACUGAAUCGGGAGGUGCGCUUCCGGAUAAAGUGCCGAUUCCACCGGCGGAUGCUCAUCAGAUGGACGGACACCAUGUUCCCUUCAAGGACGGUGUGCUGACCAUUGGUUGCAUCGGAGAACCGAAUGUCGGCAAAUCUUCCGUGUUCAACGCGUUAAUGGGCCAGAAAGUGAAGUCUGUCUCGAAAACUCCCGGCCAUACCAAGCAUUUUUAAACCAUAUUCCUUUUUCCGGCUGCUGCGCCCAAAGUCCUACAAAUUAUCGGCGGAAUCUAUCCCAUUUCUCAAGUAUCGGAUCCAUAUAACGUUAUCGGCUAUUUGGCCGCUCACCUGCCACUGAUUCAACUGUUGAAACUGAGACAUCCAAACGGGGAAGGGGCGAAAUUCUCGGCAUUAGACAUUUGCGAAGCAUGGGCAUUAAAACGAGGAUUUUUCACGGCCAAGGCAGCCCGACCGGAUGUGUAUCGAGCCGGCAAUCAUUUGUUGCGCAUUACGCUGGAGGGGAAAAUCUGUCUGCGAAUGUAUCCACCAGGCUACGUGAGGCACAAGAAACAUUUCGAGAAUCUGGGCGAAACGAAACAAUUGACAGCGGAAUUGGAACAACUAGAACCAAAGCUGCAUGGUGGUGCUUCGGAAGGGGAGAGGAACCCAGCGAAAGGCUCAGAUGACGAUGACGACAGCGAUACGCUCUCGACGGAAGAGGAGACUGACCGACAGCAUUUCUUUGAACAGAUUGCGGGGAGUAACAAGUUUGCAGCGCUGGGAAUUUCGUCGGAUUGAUUUCUUGCUGUGGUUGUAUGAUCGUGUCACUGUUUAAGAUUCAGACUUUUUUCUUUAUAUUCUUUCGGUUAAGUACUGUUUGCUGUCUUAAUUUCCAAGAUCGAAACCAGUGUUUUUGUCAAACUGACUUUUCGAUUUGUGGAAUUUCUUGCUUUAAACAGCAGUGUUCCGCGUGUAAAUGUUUCCUAUGUGAUAAGCGCGUUUCCUGUGAAAGAUCGGUUAUUUU